CCCACCCCCGGCACUGAGCGACCCGAAUGCUCUCAAGGGGGAAGCCGCGGGAACAAGGCAUCUCUCGCGAUAACCAGGUCCUAUUUGAGCGCGUGCGCGAACUGAGUUGUCUCUUUUCCGGUUAUCGCGGCGGCAGGAGCUAUGAGCAGCAAAGUCUCCCGAGACACCCUCUAUGAGGCAGUGCGGGAAGUCCUGCACGGGAACCAGCGCAAGCGCCGGAAGUUUUUGGAGACGGUGGAGCUUCAGAUAAGCCUGAAGAACUAUGAUCCUCAGAAGGACAAACGCUUCUCGGGCACCGUCAGGCUUAAGUCCACUCCCCGCCCCAAGUUUUCCGUGUGUGUUCUGGGGGACCAGCAGCAUUGUGAUGAGGCCAAGGCUGUGGAUAUCCCCCACAUGGACAUCGAGGCCCUGAAGAAACUCAACAAGAAUAAGAAACUGGUCAAGAAGCUGGCCAAGAAGUAUGAUGCCUUUUUGGCUUCAGAGUCUCUGAUCAAGCAGAUCCCACGAAUCCUGGGCCCAGGCCUGAAUAAGGCCGGCAAGUUCCCUUCCUUGCUGACCCACAAUGAGAACAUGGUGGCCAAAGUUGAUGAAGUGAAGUCCACAAUCAAGUUCCAGAUGAAGAAGGUGCUGUGUCUGGCAGUGGCUGUUGGCCACGUGAAAAUGACAGAUGAUGAGCUUGUGUACAACAUCCACUUAGCUGUCAACUUCCUGGUGUCGUUGCUCAAGAAAAAUUGGCAGAACGUUCGGGCUUUGUACAUUAAGAGCACCAUGGGCAAGCCCCAGCGCCUGUACUAAGGCACAGCUUAAUAAACCAUACUCCCACCAUUA